AAUUAGGACUUUUAACUAAAGUCGGAGUCAGGGAGAUGUCUCGCGUUGGCGUUGGCCUGAGCCUAGUACAGUCGCAGAUAGUUGCCAAUAUAAAGACAAAGAAUACGAUCACUGCUCGGCAGAGCCACCGCCGAGAUCGCCGCCUCGCAGCAACCAUGGCCACUGCGUCGUCCGCUUAUCAGAAGCUCCUGAGCGUCGGAACCAAGAUCGUCGCCGUCGGCCGUAACUACGCCGCCCACGCCAAAGAACUCGGUAACGCUGUCCCCAAGGAACCGGUGUUGUUUAUGAAGCCGACAUCCUCGUAUUUGGAAAAUGGAGGGACGAUAGAGAUUCCGCCCCCUCUGGAGUCGCUGGAUCAUGAGGUGGAGCUUGCGGUGGUGAUCAGCCAGAAGGCUCGGGACGUUCCUGAGGCUACUGCUAUGGACUAUGUUGGAGGUUAUGCACUUGCACUGGAUAUGACUGCAAGGGAAAUUCAGGCUUCCGCAAAGUCUGCAGGUCUUCCUUGGACUGUAGCUAAAGGGCAGGACACUUUCACACCAAUUAGCUCUGUUCUACCCAGAUCAAUUGUGCCAGACCCACAUGACUUAGAAUUGUGGUUAAAGGUAGAUGGAGAAAUUCGACAGAAAGGUUCAACCCAGGAUAUGAUUUUUAAGAUCCCUUAUUUGAUUAGCCACAUAAGCUCUAUCAUGACACUUCUGGAAGGAGAUGUUAUUCUAACAGGCACGCCUCAAGGCGUUGGCCCUGUCAAAGCAGGCCAGAAGAUAACUGCUGGCAUAACAGACCUACUGGACGUUCACUUUGAUGUUGGGAUCCGCGAAAGAUCCCACAGAAAUUGAGCUGAAGCUAGGCACUAAAUGCCGUAUUAAUGAAAUCACGUUUUCUGGUAUGUGGCCGGUGGCCACCCUCCCUACAGAGUCAACAUGGUGAUUUUGACAGAUUGUUGUCUGAACCUUGUUCGAUUAAGUUAAACUGAGGUACCCAUUUAAGGCAACGUCAGAUGAACAUGUUGGGUUGAUUGUCAAUUGUACCUUAGGUUACCGAUGGAGUUAAAAGAUUUUCCCACAAACUGUGGAUUAAAUGUCACCAUUGCAUGGUAAAAUAAGAAUUUAUAGUCCUGCAACGGGCUCGUGUAAUAAUAAAUAAGAUCAGGCUCAGAAGCCAUUUAUUAA